CUCUGCUGUGUUAAGGCCAGAGGAAGUUCAUUUCUCCUUCAGCAGGAGAAGUUCAACAGAAGAACUCGGAGGACCAUCCUGAGGGCGAGAAACAUCCGGUAUCAUGCACAGAACACGGUGACUUGAAACUGUGCACAGGAGUUCCUCAGACCAGGCAGUUUACGGCCACAGAAUUAAGGCAAGGGUUCAAGUCCACCUGUCCAACACUCACCCAUUUCAGAAACCUAACUCUCUGAGACACCCAGGGACCCAGACUGGAUUGAGAAAGGAAAAAAAAAACAAACAAACCACUAACCAUUGUAAGCUUCCCCCUCUCCCUGGGCUAACUGACUGACGAAGCGCUCCCGGGGCUGUUGGUGCUGGCUGGCUGCUUCACGCCACUCUACUGCACUGAACCAAGCGCUAGGGAUGUGACAGCUGCCCAUGGUGUCUCCUGUGGCUUGCCUUGGGGAUGGCGGAGUUGCGAGCGGUGCUCUUGCUGCUGUUCUGUGUCUCCCUCUCCUCUGCCGCAGACUGUGGCAUCCAGAAAUCCUCCUCUACGGACAAGUCCGAGGAAAACGUGGUCAGCAGCACCGAAUUCCCGUGGGUGGUGUCAGUGCAGGACUCGCACUAUGCCCACCUGGCUUUCGGCUGCAUCCUCAGCGAGUUCUGGAUCCUCAGCAUCGCAUCGGUCCUUCAGAACAGGAAGGAUAUUAUCAUUGUCGUCGGUUUAGGUAACAUGGACCCCAGAAGGAUUACUCACACAGAAUAUCCUGUCAACAGCAUCAUCGUCCAUGAGGACUUCGACAACUACUCCAUGAACAACAACAUCGCCCUCCUGAAAACAGACUCAGAGAUAUAUUUUAAUGAACUGGUCCAGUCCAUCUGCUUCCUCGGCAGAAAGCUGCACUUGCCGCCAGUCUUGCGGAACUGCUGGGUGUCAGGAUGGAAUCCCACGUCUGCAACAGGAAAUCAAAUGACGAUGAGUAUCCUGAGGAAAAUCUCCGUGAAAGACAUCGAGCGGUGUUUCUCACGAAAACUGCGGAAAACGGGAUGUGGCCGGCACAUAGAGCAGGAAACAGAGUCAGUCUGCUUGGGAGAACCAGGAAACCCAGUUAUGUGCCAGCUGCAGCAAUCGGAUCUGUGGGUCCUGCGGGGACUCCUAACCGAAGGUGUCGAGCCAUGCCCUGGCCUCUUUCUGUAUAUCAAGGUGGAAGACUACAGCGACUGGAUCACAUUCAAGACCAGGAGGGUCGGCCCUCCCCUGUCUUCACUCCACCACUGGGAGGAGUUGAUGCCUCACCCCCAUCGCCAGUCACAACAUGACCGCAUAGUGACACAGAGUGUACACACUCAACUGGACAAUGUCAUGUGGUCCCAAGCAAAGACCACCACGCAUUUGUUGCCAGCAAACAGCUCUAGAGACAGUCUAGACUUCAGGGAAAAGAACGUGGGGGAGUCAGACAAUUCUGAUCAGGCCGCGUACUAUGACUAUUAUGCGGAGGCUGGGCAGAGUGGGUAUGCGGCAGGUCAGAACAGGUUGCAUCAGCCCCAAGAAAUGAUCUCUGUUCUCUUUGUGCUUGCUUUCUUUUGGAGCGGUAUCUAGGGGCUAAUUCAUCAAACUGAAGGAUAAGCUCAGAAUGCUGAGUGCCAGGCAUUCACCAAGCUGUUUGGGUGUCUGUUUUUGAUAGUUGCACACCCGUGUGCCAUGGAUUUGGUCCAAGGCACACACUGAGCUGGCCCGCUCGCUCGCUCUCCUCUGUCCCACUCUCACCUGCGGGAAGGUCACUUUCAUUUGUGCUUGUGAACUAAAUGUGGGCUUACAAGUGCC